AUGGUAAUACCUCUCUUGUUACUCAUCUCAUUAUCUCACGCAUUGACUUAUCCAUCGACAUGUCAACACGACUUAGUUAGUUCUUUUAAAUAUGUUUGCACGGAUGGGGGGCUUUAUCUGUAUAGUUACAUUGAUUUAGAAUGCACAGCAGGUGAACAAUUGGUCAUUCAAGACCCAAGUUUUUGUACACAACACAACAGUACAAUUUACUUAGAACACCCCAAAGAAAAUCGACACGACGAUAAAACGUAUUGUGAGUCAAAGAGAAGAAAACAUAUAGUGUAUGGUCUUGCUAUUGGAUACCCCUUUUCCGUGUUGGCCCUCACUGCUAUAGUACUUGGGAUGGGGAGAAGGAUCCCCGUGAUUAACAUCUUUCUUUCUCCAUUUGUCUUCUCAGCACUUGUUUGUAUGAUCGACCGUUUAAUAUGCAAACAGAACGACUUUGAAGUGAUAGUUGCGAGUGGUGUAUUUGUGUCGACGAUAUUGAUCGAGUUGAUUGUCAUCUUCAUCGCACGUAUCUUUUAUAGAGACACCGACACAUAUCACAGAAUCUUCGCAGCACACUCAAUUUUAAUGGAACUCUGGAACGGAAGUUUCGACCACGACUUAAACGCAAUUUUAACAAAGUAUUUGGCCCAAAAACCGGACGGACAUGUUGUUGGGGAGGCUUACCAUUACAUCACUAAGAUAUUAAAACACAAGGAAAGUGAAUACCAACAAAUCGAUGACGAAGAGGACGAACAUUUUGUUUUACUCACAAAAACAACGUUCAAAACGACGCAACGCAUUUCAUAUAAAAGUUGGGAAAAGGAAACACAAAAAAUCGGGAAAAUACCAAAGAACGCCAUGUUAAGAGUGACGAUCGAAGAAAACAUCAGACUCACUCCAGAAAUGGUCAAAAAUCAAAACGAAGUCUUUGAUAAAAUUCGAGAGAUUUGUAAGACAAAAGAUACACACUACAGUCUAUCUACUCACUGGGGAACACCAUAUAUAUAUAAAUCCCUCUGCGUCAUUCAAAGUCCAUUCUUGGACUUUUUACUCUCGUGGAAACUGUUUGGGAUGCUGUACGUCGUAUCAAUGAUGGUCGGUCUCAAUUUGUUCGUCGACGUCAUUUGGAGGUUCCUCGAGACGCCAUUUAAGUUCAGAAUUGAAAAGACUGUGUCCAUUGAGAAUAAUCUGCCAUACAAAUGGUAA